AUUACCUCAAAGUGCUUUCCUAAUAGUGACUUCUCUUCUUGUGUGCAGUGCUGAAAAGUGGCAGUGACUCUGGAUUACACUCCUGUUCUGGACUUGGUGUCUGUUUCUCCUUUGGAUUAUUUGGAUUAUCGGUGCUUUUCUUUAGUGUUAGGUGAAUUAGUGUGGUUUUACUCUUACUCCCGAGCAGUUAAGUGAAUUUCGAGCAUGGAUUUGAAGCCAGUCACGCCUGUUUUGCGCUCCCGCACGCAUGCACGAUGUCCUGAGGAGGAAAUCGUGAUCACGGGCAUUUCGGGCAGAUUUCCAAACUCAGACAACAUUGGCCAAUUUGCGCACAACCUCUACAACAAGGUGGAUCUCAUCGACGAGGAUGAGCGUCGCUGGCGUCACACGUACGCCGAGAUCCCCAAGCGAUCAGGCAAGAUCAACCACCUCGAGAAGUUCGAUGCCACCUUCUUCGGGGUGCACUUCAAGCAGGCGCACACCAUGGAUCCGCAGUCGCGUCUCCUCGUCGAGAGGGCAUACGAAGCCGUUCUCGACGCUGGGAUCAACCCAAAGUCGCUGCGCGGCACUCGGACAGGCGUCUUCAUCGGCGCCUGCUUCUCCGAGUCCGAAAAGACCUGGUUCUACGAGAAAGUCUCCACCGGAGGCUUCGGCAUCACAGGGUGCAGUCGUGCAAUGAUGGCCAAUCGGAUUUCCUACUCUCUGGGUCUUCAGGGGCCAUCCCUGCUCACUGACACGGCCUGCAGCAGCUCCAUGACUGCCCUGGACGUCGCGUUUAGCGCCAUGCGGAAUGGAGAGUGCGACGCCGCUAUUGUCGGUGGAGCGAAUCUUCUGCUUCAUCCCUACGUGACGCUGCAGUUUGCUCGUCUCGGCGUGCUGUCCAUGGAUGGCUUCUGCCGGCCCUUCGACAAGGACGGCCAGGGCUACACGCGCUCAGAAGCCAUCUGCUGCAUCUUCCUGCAGCAGACGAAGGACGCGAAGAGAAUCUACGCCAAGGUGAUCUACUCAAAGGCGAACUGCGAUGGAUACAAGGAGGAAGGCAUCACCUAUCCCUCUGGCCAGAUGCAGCGCAAACUCCUCACCGAGUUCUACCAAGAGGUGGGCAUCGAUCCGCGCAAGGUGGACUUCAUGGAGGCUCACAGCACGGGAACUCUGGCAGGUGAUCCCGAGGAGUGUUCCGCUCUGGACGCUGUCUUCUGCACUGGAAGAGACGAACCACUGCCCGUUGGCUCUGUCAAGAGCAACAUCGGCCACUCUGAGUCCGCUUCGGGCACUUGCAGCAUCGCCAAAGUGAUCAUCGCCAUGGAGAAUGAUCUCAUUCCGCCGAACAUCCACUUCACGGCGGUCCGGCCGGGAAUUCCCGCUCUCGUGGAGGGACGCCUCAGAGUCAUCACGGAGCCAACGAAGCUCGAGGGCCCACUAAUUGGUGUGAACUCUUUCGGUUUUGGUGGCGCCAAUGCUCACGCACUCUUCGAGGCAAAUCCCAAGAAGAAGAUCAACCGUGGCGAACCGGAAGACGAUCUACCGCGAUUGGUGAUCUGGUCAGGACGCACUGAAGAGGCUGUCAAUGAAGUGCUGGACUUCAUGGUCACUCGCCCACUCGAUGCCGAGUUUGUGGGCUUGGUGCACAGCACACAAAUGGACAGCGUGUCUGGGAAUGUCUUCCGUGGUUAUGGACUAUACAGGAAGGAACCUGGCGGCGGGAACGCCACCUGUCUCAACAGAGAAGUUCAGCAUUACACUGGAGUUAAACGACCGGCUGUUUGGGUGUUCAGCGGCAUGGGUAGUCAGUGGUGCGAGAUGGGAACUUCCCUGAUGAAGAUCCCCAUGGUCAGGAAGUCGAUUGAGCACUGCCAUGAGAUUCUGAAACCCAAGAAGCUCGAUCUCAUCGGAAUUCUCACCUCAACUGAUCCCAAGACUUAUGACAACAUUCUUCACUCAUUCGUUGGCAUCGCAGCCAUUCAAAUCGCUCUCGUGGAUGUGCUCAAGUCCUUAGAUCUGGAGCCUGACUAUAUCAUCGGUCACUCUGUGGGAGAACUGGGUUGCGCCUAUGCCGACGGAUGCUUCACAGCCGAAGAGAUGAUCCUGGCCGCCUAUUGCCGAGGCAAGGUCAGCGUGGAGACAGAGAAGAUCUUCGGCUCAAUGGCCGCCGUUGGUCUUGGCUUCCGCAAAAUCCGCAGUCUUCUGCCGCCCGGCAUUGAAGUCGCUUGCCACAACGGUCCAGAUUCCUCAACCAUUUCCGGACCCGCGGAUGCCAUUGAGAAGUUCGUGGCGGAGCUCAAGAGCCAGGGAAUCUUUGCCAAGGAAGUUCCUUGCUCCAACAUUGCCUAUCAUUCGCGCUACAUCGCCGACAUGGGUCCAAAGCUGAAGGCUAUGCUGAGUCAAGUGAUCACUGAGCCCAAGAAGAGAUCACCUCGCUGGCUCAGCACCAGUGUUCCGAAGCAGCGUUGGGAAUACUCAGAGAAUCACUACAGCUCGGCUCAGUAUCACACUAACAAUCUGCUCAACUCCGUGCUCUUCGAGGAAACUUCUGCAAUGCUUCCCAACAAUGCCAUCACCAUUGAAGUGGCUCCUCAUGGUCUUCUGCAGGCCAUUCUCAAGAAAUCCAUGCCAAACGCCGUUCACACAGGACUCGCUCAACGUGGAAAUAAGGACAACGUCACAUUCUUAUACACAGCCCUUGGAAAGAUUUAUAUGAAUGGCGUAGACAUUCCUAUUGACAGGAUGUAUCCUCCAGUUCAGUUCCCAGUUUCCCGAGGAACUCCUAUGAUUUCCCCACUAAUCAAGUGGGAUCACAGCGAGGAUUGGUACGUGACCAAAUUCGAAGCCCAGAAGAUCCUCAAAUCCGGAGAGCGACACUGCAAAAUUCAGCUCACUAUGGACGAUUAUGAGUACAUCACUGGACACACAAUCGAUGGUAGAAUCCUCUUCCCAGCCACUGGAUACCUUCAUCUCGUGUGGGAAACAUACGGAAUGAUGAAGGGCGAUCUGUUCUUUGACAUGGAAAUUGAAUUCUCAGAUGUGCGCUUCCUGAGAGCCACGAACAUGACUAAAGACACAGAGAUUGAGUUCCUCAUCAUGAUCCAGCCAGGAACAGGAAGAUUUGAGAUAACUGAAGGAUCAUCAGCUGUCGUCACGGGAUUCAUUAAGCAACUCGAGCCUGGAACAUCCCUGAUCAGCUUCCCAGAUCCUCCGCCAUCGAAAUAUCCCAUGCUUCAGUCGAGGGACUUCUAUAAGGAGUUGCGACUGCGAGGAUAUCAGUACAAUGGCUACUUCCGCUCAGUUCACGAGGCUCGCGGCGAUGGACUCGUGGGCAAAGUCAAGUUCGAGCGCAAUUGGGUGCCCUUCCUCGAUUGUCUUCUUCAAGUUCACAUCGUGGGCCAGGACUCUCGCUCUCUCAUGCUCCCCACGCGCAUUCAGAGAAUGCGCAUCAAUGGUCGCGAUCACAUGAACAUGUUCAACGAGGAGAAUCCCUACUUCGACGUCAAAGUGUCCAAGGAGCUCAACAUGAUCAGCUCUGGAGGAGUUGAAAUUGUCGGACUGCAUGCCAGUCCUGUCGCCCGACGUCGUCCUCCAGGAGUUCCCGUUCUUGAGACGUACAAAUUCAUCCCGCAUCUACCAACGCCGGAAAUGAAAAAUAUAGACGCUGCGAGGACUUGUGUCCAGUUGGCGCUGGAGAACAACUUCGCUCUGAAGGUGAAGAUUGUGGAAGUGGACACCAAAGAGACCACAGAGCCCAUCAUCACUAACUUUCAGGAGGCUUUGGGAGAUCUUCCACUCAUCUCCUCCGACCUGAUGUACCUCACGGCUAGGGAGAUGGAAAUCCCAGGGAUUCAUGUGGAGAAUGGAAAGCUCUCCACUCAGACAAACUGCAUGUUUGUCAUCGCAUCGGAUUGCAUGUUAAAUCCUGACUUUGUCGAGAAGUCCGUGAUAAGUCUCACGGAGAAUGCGUAUCUCAUCUCGCGAGAGAAGAAAGAUCUUCGUGUUGAGGAUAUCAAGGUGCCUCCAGGAUUCCAAUUGAUCCUCUCAAUCCCAACAGGAGAGGAGACACUCGUCAUGUGCCACCGCCUUCGUCGGAAACUUAUUGGGAAUCCCACAGUAGUGAAGAUUUCUAUGGAGGACACCAAGUACGAAUGGCUCAACAAACUACGCGCCGGCAUGAAAACGGGUCCUGUGACCCUGGUGUCUGAAGGAGAGCCCACUUCUGGGAUUAUUGGCCUGGUGAAUUGCUUGAGGAAGGAACCUGAUGGAUAUCUCAUCAGCUGCGUCUUCGUUGAUGAUCCCAGUGCUCCGCCUUUUGACUUCGACAAUCCCUUCUUCAAGGCUCACUUGAAACUCUCACUCGCCAUCAACGUUUGCCGAGCUGGACGCUGGGGAAGCUAUCGCCACUUGAAGCUGGAGUACGAGAAUGCUCCACAAGUCACAACGAAGCACUGUUUCGCUAACGUCCUCACGCGUGGAGACUUGUCUUCAGUCACGUGGCUUCAUGGCGGCCUCUCUGAGCGCUACUUCGAUGAGGAAGGCGUUGUCCAUGUGAUGUACUCCGCCCUCAAUUUCCGUGACGUGAUGCUGGCGACCGGAAAGCUCGCCCUGGAAGUCAUUGGAACAACACGCCUCGAGCAGGAGUGCGUGAUGGGCUUUGAGUACUCCGGAGUCAACAACCGCGGAAAGAGAGUCAUGGGAAUGGUGAACUGUGGCGCCAUGGCCACGCAUCUCAUCUCAGAUGAUAAGCUGACCUUCUCAGUUCCCGACAGCUGGUCCCUUCAACAGGCCGCCACCGUGCCUGUGGUCUAUCUCACUGUCUACAUCGCCUUCUUCAUCAGCACCACUAUCAAAAAGGGUAAAUCGAUCCUCAUCCACGCUGGAACUGGAGGCAUCGGAAUGGCAGCUAUCCGAACGGCUUUCGCCUACGGCUUGGAAGUCUACACAACCGUGAGCACACCUGAGAAGAAGAAGUUCCUCCUGGAAACAUUCCCGCAACUCAAGGAGAAUCAUAUUGGCAAUUCCCGCAACACCAGCUUCGAGAAGAUGGUCAUGCUACAGACCAAAGGUCGUGGUGUUGACUACGUCCUCAAUUCCCUGGCUGAGGACAAACUACACGCAUCAGUGCGAUGCCUGGGAAUAGGCGGGAAGUUCCUGGAGAUUGGUAAAUUCGACAUGGCCAAUGACAAUAAGAUCGGCCUCGGCGUCUUCCUCAGGGAAAUCUCCUUCUGUGCGGUGCUCGCAGACAAUCUCUUCAAAACCACUUCAGAUUAUAAAGAGUUCCUCUUCAAUCUCAUCCGACGUGACAUCGAUUCGGGGAUCAUACAGCCUCUGCCAUCGACUGUCUUUGAGGCUCAUGAGGUAGAGAAGGCAUUUAGAUUCCUGGCCAGUGGCAAACAUAUGGGUAAAGUGGUGCUGAAAAUUCGAGCCAACGAGAACGACAAGAAACCCUAUCCCUUCACCAUCACACCAAGAGUCAAUUGCGACUUCGAUUUCUCCUACAUCAUCCCAGGAGGACUCGGAGGCUUCGGAUUGGAGCUGGCCGACUGGUUGGUCAUCAGAGGAGCCAGGAAACUCGUCCUCAGCUCCAGUCGAGGGAUUUCAAAACAAUAUCAGGCGUACAGGAUAAGGGUCUGGGAGAAUUACGGCGCCAAGGUGGUCGUGAGUACGGCAAACAUUGCCACACGAGAGGGAUGCCAGCAGUUGAUUCAGCAAGCAACCAAACUCGGUCCAGUCGGAGGAAUUUACAACCUGGCCGUCCUCCUGCGUGACAGCAUCCUUGAGAACCAAACUGUGGAGAAGUUCAACGAGUCAAUGGCGCCCAAAGCAGUGGCCACGAAGCACCUGGACGAGUUAUCGCGCAUCAUGUGUCCGCAACUGCAGGAAUUCGUCGUCUUUUCCAGCGUUUCGUGCGGCCGCGGCAACGCCGGUCAAUGUAAUUACGGCAUGGCCAACUCCGUGAUGGAGAGGAUCAUCGAGCGGCGCGUGGCUGAUGGACUGCCCGGGAAGGCCAUCCAAUGGGGGGCUGUUGGCGAAGUCGGUCUGGUGGCUGACAUGCAGGAGGACAAGCUGGACAUGGAAAUCGGCGGAACACUGCAGCAGAGAAUCUCCUCCUGUCUCACGGAGUUGGACAAUUUGCUGGUGGGCGACGAUCCAGUCGUGGCGAGCAUGGUGGUGGCCGAAAAGAGAGUUGGCAGUGGCGGUAAAGGCAACAUCAUUGAGACCGUGAUGAACAUCAUGAGCAUUCGAGACAUCAAGUCCAUCUCCAUGGACGCCACACUGUCCGAGCUCGGCAUGGACUCACUGAUGGCUGUGGAGAUUAAGCAAACACUUGAGAGGGAGUUUGAGCUCUUCCUCACACCACAAGACUUGAGAUCGCUCACCUUCAUGAAGCUGCAAGAGCUGGCCGACAAUCGCGAGAAGGACGGCAAUGAGAAUGUGAAGCUGAAGCUGGCGAAUGACGACAAACCCGUGGGCAUGGCGAUGCUGCUGAGGAAUCUGGGCGACGAAACCAACAGCGAGAAGACAAUCCUGCGCGUCAAGAGUCGCGACGAGAACGUCAAGUACGUUUCCUGCGCUCUCUUCAUUCCUGGCAUUGAGGGCGUCGCAGGAAAUGCUUUCUACGCCAUCAGUGCCAACAUUUCACUGCCCGCCUUUGUUCUACAACUCACGCACACCAUUGGCAUUCAUUCCAUUCCCGAGAUCGCGAAGGCAGUCAUUGAUGACAUCAAGAAUGAAGUGCUGAAGUCAUCGGAGUUCUUCUACCUCGUGGGAUAUUCCUUCGGUGCCUUCAUCACGCUAGAGAUCGCGAAAUUGCUCGAGGAGUCCGGAAUGUCUGGCCAAAUCUUGCUGAUCGAUGGCGCGCCCGCUUUCCUGAAACGCCUAGCCAUCGGGCAAAUGACUGAGGAUUACACUGAUGAGACUGUGCAGUGCGUGCUCAUCUCUGGCAUCAUUCGCACCAUUUUCCCAGACGAGAAUCCUGAGGAUUUGUUCGCCAGGAUAGCCGAGCUGAAGAACUGGGAAGAUCGUGUGAACAAACUGGUGGAGCUCAGCAAGCACCAGCACAUCUACUCCGAGCGAUACCUGCGCCUAAUGACCGACGCUCUCUACGUGAGAUUUAAGGUCGUCCUGGACACGGACACAGACAUCAUUGUACCCCUCAAGUGCCCCAUCACACUCGUUCGUCCCACCGAAGUGUCCAUCGUGGACAUCGACGAAGACUAUGAGCUGUCCAAGUACACUACCGGGCCGGUAAAUCUCAAAUUCAUCGAGGGCAAUCACAUUUCUAUGCUUGAGAACAGCAAGUUGCCACAGAUCAUCAAUGAUCUCGAUCCCAAGCUCGAGUCCGACAAGGCUUUCAAGAAGUACCUCACAAACUGA